GUAAAGUUAAAGGGAAAACUCACAUGACUUUCAUAAUCAGUGUUUACUUUAUGUGUUUGUGUUGUGAUCAUAGCCUCCAGUAAUUGAUCCCAAGAGUUGGUGAUCAUUAAGAUAUGGAUCAGUUGUCGAGUGUCUUAAAUAAUAUAAGUAAUGAUGAGUUGGUGACGAUGGAAAGGGAGGCCAAGGAUUAUGCCUUAUCUCAAGGUAUUGGCUUCAAACUCAAGACUAAUCCAUUGGACACCAUAUCCAUGGCACCCAUUACUCUAUUUCCCUCCCCUUUGCCGAAGAACCACUUCCAGACCGGCAAACGCCUUCAGCCGGUGAUCAACGAGUUGUCCCAUAAGAUCGCAUACAAUCACCACUUCUUGAGCGAGUCGUUGGCGAAGACCAUACAAGUGGAC